GCCUCGGUGGUGGAUUGAGCGGGUCUGGGCGAGGUUCCCAGAGGGCCGCGCGUUCUCGGCUGGUCGGCGCUGUCAUGGCGGGCGUGCUGAAGAAGACCACUGGCCUUGUGGGAUUGGCUGUAUGUGAGAGUCCGCACGAGAGGUUAAGAAUAUUGUACACAAAGAUUCUUGAUGUUCUUGAACAAAUCCCUAAAAAUGCAGCAUAUAGAAAGUAUACGGAACAGAUUACAAAUGAGAAGCUGGGUGUGGUUAAAGUGGAACCAGAUGUGCAAAAAUUAGAAGACAAACUUCAGGGUGGCCAAAUAGAAGAGGUGAUUCUUCAGGCUGAAAAGGAACUAAGUCUGGCGAGAAAAAUGGUACAGUGGAAACCAUGGGAGCCUUUAGUGGAGGAACCUCCUGUCAACCAGUGGAAAUGGCCAAUAUAAUCAGCAUUAAAUGACUUGUGUGUUGAUGGGCAACUGAUGUAAUUAAAUGUUCUAUUAAAAAUAUUAA